AUGAAUUUGUUAAAAUUUUACAACAAAGUACCAAAAAUAAGUUCGGCGUCUCAAAAUGCCGAUCAAUCAGAGUUUCCCUUGCAUUCUUCUCAUAGACAAGAAAUUGAUACAAUUGCUCCACAAUCUGACCCAGCUGAAAGAACUCCAAUAUUGGAGUAUCAUCCAAACCAUCGCGAUGAAAUAAGGAGGGCAUACAUUCAAGGUGGUGCUUGCCAACCUCGGUAUCAUGACUUCCCUCAAUCUCACUUUUUUGGAUUUAUGCGUCGUUUUAAUCCUCUAUGGUUUGAUGAAUUUAAUUGGUUGGAGUAUAGUGUAAGUACCGAUGUUGCAUAUUGUUUACCUUGUUAUUUAUUUAAGGGAGAAAGUAAUCAGCAAGGUGGUGGUGAUGUUUUUUCGAGUAAAGGGUUUAGGAAUUGGAACAGAAAAGAAUGUUUUAAGAAACAUGUUGGUUUGCCAAAUAGUAUUUACAAUAAAGCAAGUAGAAACUGUGAUGAUCUAAUGCAACAAAAACAGUCUAUUAUUGCUGCAUUUGACAAACAGUCUGAUCAAACUAAGCGAUUUGCUUUUCGCGGUCAUGACGAAUGUGAAACGUCAUUGAACAAGGGUAAUUUUAUUGAAAUUCUUUCAUGGUAUGCGGCUAAAUGUGACAAGAUUGAACCUUUUGCUAUAAUAGAGGAUCUAAAUGGUGACUACUUUGCUUUAUUAGUUGAUGAGUCUUUAGAUGUGUCACGCAAAGAGCAAAUGGCUAUUGUUUUACGGUAUGUCGAUAAAAGAGGAAGUGUGAUGGAGAGGUUUAUUGGCAUGGUUCAUGUUCGAGAUACUAGUGCUUUAUCUCUAAAGAAAGCAAUUGUCGAUGUUCUUGUUCAUCAUUCAUUAAGUUUAUCUUCUAUACGUGGACAAUGUUAUGAUGGGGCAAGCAAUAUGCAAGUUGCGGUUUCUAAGAAGUGUGUUCAAGUAGGUGAACAUGUAUUAUUGGUUUCAAAUAUUUUGAAUGUGUUGGGAGCUUCUUUUAAACGUGUGGAUGAAUUUAGAGAUUCUCAAAAAGAAAAACUCCAAGAGGCAUUAGAUAUGGGUGAACUCAAAACAAGUAGAGGCUUGAAUCAAGAACUCGGUCUUGUUAGAGCUGGUGAUACUCGUUGGGGAUCUCACUACAAGUCAUUUGGAAACUUUAUUCGUAUGUUUGGCUCUAUUGUUGAUGUUCUUGAUACACUUGUUGAAGAUGCAGAGCAAGAUAUUGCAAAUGCCAUGCUACUUGUUCAAGUAGCGAAGAAAAGAUUGCAAACUUUAAGGAGGGAUGAUGAAUGGGAUUUGUUUGUUGAUAAAGUUUCUAUGUUUUGUAUCAAGCAUGAUAUUUUGGUGCCUAAUUUUGAUGAUCUAUAUGUUAACUCUGGAAUAUCACGGCGAAAACCUGCUGAUUAUACUUUCUUUCAUCAUUAUCGUGUUGAUGUGUUUUGUAAAGUUCUUGAUUGGCAAGUUCAAGAACUUAAUGAUCGUUUUGACGAAGUGACGACUGAGUUGCUUCAUGGAGUUGCUUGCUUGAAUCCAAUUGACGCAUUUUCAAGUUUUGAUAUCAGAAAAAUAAUGAAGAUGGCUGAAUUGUAUCCUAAUGACUUUGAUGAAUUUAGGAUGAGUUCUCUUGAGAAUCGGCUUGCGAGUUACAUUAUUGAUGUUCGUGAUUUUGAUGAAAGGUUCUCCAAUCUAAAUGGGCUUUCUGAUCUUUCAAAAAGAUUAGUUAAGACAAAGAAGCAUUCAGUUUAUCCUCUUGUAUUUCUCUUAGUGAAACUUGCGUUGCUUCUUCCUGUUGCCACUGCAACCGUUGAAAGAGCUUUCUCAGCAACGAAGUUUAUCAAGAAUGACUUGCGGAAUCGUAUGGAUGAUGACUUUUUAGGCGGUUGCAUAGUGCCUUAUGUAGAAAGAGAAGUAUUUAGUAUUGUUUCUAAUGAGUCUAUUAUAAAAAUAUUUCAAGAGAUGAAGCCUCGUCGAGUACGUUUGUAA